AUGCGUCUUGGCAAGGCCGUGGGAGAGGGUCCAGGCCAGGACUGGGGAACCUGUGGCCUUCUAGGUAUCCUGUUCUCCCUGGUGGUGGUGUUAUAUGUCAUCUGGGUCCAGGCUGUGGCAGACAUGGAAAGCUACACAAAUAUGAAGAGGAAAGACUGCUCAGAAUUUACACCCUACGUCAUGUACGGCUGGUCAUUUCUGCUGGCCCCAGCUGGGAUAUUUUUCUCUUUGUUGGCUGGAUUACUAUUCCUCCUUGUGGGGAGGCAUAUUCACAUAUACUCCUAA